UUUGGGGCGCAGCGGGGCGGCCAGGUGCGGCGGGCCGGGCCGGGCCGGGGCCGAGGCCGGACCGGCGGGCGCAGCGCCCCCUGGGCGUGCAGGUUGCUGGGUGGCGAGGGGCGCGCGCGGGCUGCGGGGACGCGCGGGCGGCGAGGCCUGCGCGCCAGUCUGCGGGAGCCAUGCGGCCGACCAGGAGGAGCGCGUCCUCCGAGCCGCGCGGGCAGAAGCGGCCCGGGGCCUCCCGGGCUCCCGCCGCCGCCGCCUCGGCUCCCGGCAACACCCGCGCCCCGCGCCCCGCGGGCCAAGCCGGCGGCCGGAGCCGGGCGGCGAAGCAGCGGCCGAGGCCGUCGUCGCCGCGGGCCCAGGAGGCGGGCCCCGGGGAGCCUCCGCCAGAGCCGGCGCUGCCGCCGCCCCCGAUCCCGGCGACUCCGACGUCCUCGGUGGCCACGCUGGACCUGGGCGACCAGCGGGAGCGCUGGGAGACGUUCCAGAAGCGGCAGCGGCUCACCUUCGAGGGCGCCGCUAAGCUCCUGCUGGACACCUUCGAAUACCAGGGCCUGGUGAAACACACAGGAGGCUGCCACUGUGGAGCAGUUCGCUUUGAAGUUUGGGCCUCGGCAGACUUGCACAUCUUCGACUGCAACUGCAGUGUUUGUAAGAAGAAGCAGAACAGACACUUCAUUGUUCCUGCUUCUCGCUUCAAGCUCCUGAAGAGGAGGAAGAGAGAGCAAAGUUACAUCCACAGUGUUGGGCCUAACCAACGAGGCGAACAGAGAUGCCAGAUCCUGGGCGAGAAGCCAGUGAGAUGCUGGAAGCAAGAGUUCUUUUUUGAAAAAGUUGGAUUGAAGUUAUCUUUUGGACACUCAUGCAGAGAUAGGAAGUGGGCCGCUGGAGGGAGCGGAGAGCAUCACCACGUACACGUUCAACACUCACAAGGCGCAGCAUACCUUCUGCAAGAGAUGUGGGGUGCAGAGCUUCUACACCCCCCGCUCCAACCCCGGCGGCUUCGGAAUCGCCCCACACUGUCUGGAUGAGGGCACUGUGCGGAGUAUGGUCAUCGAGGAAUUCAAUGGCAGCGAUUGGGAGAAGGCCAUGAAGGAGCACAAGACCAUCAAGAACAUGUCUAAAGAGUGAGCGCCCGCUCUCUCCCUUUCUGGAAAGGAGGAAUGAUGGGGCCAGCAGCAUGGCUGCCCCCCUCUGCACUCGGUGGUGCCGGCGAGCGUGGCUGCCCCAGGCUGCCGGGCUCAGGCCGGCCACCAGCUCCAGCUCUGCCCUUGACUCCAGCUACAUUUCCUUAGGCAGCUCUUUGUCCUCCAUCAGCCUGGACUUUGAUGUAGACUAGUUGACAUCCUCUUUCUCUUCCCAACUUUUGUGUGAUCUUUUAGAAAAAUAAAUAUUUUAAUAUUAAAG